AUGGCGACUAGACUCGCUCUCAGAUCGCAAGCUCGGCUGCUGCGCGCAUCAAGCUUGACCACACCUUUGCGACAACCUACAUUGAUACCACGUCCGUCAUCACUGUCGCGAAUUCUCCCGUCCCUUCUGACGCCUACUUCAAGAGCCGCUGGAGGCUUCCUGACUCGGAGCUAUGCCAGCGGCCGUCCUCAUCCUCCGGGUGGGACACACCGUAUGAAUAUGAGUCCAGAGGCAGAGAAGCCAGCGCUCGAACAGUAUGGCGUAGACUUGACCGAGAAAGCCAAAGCAGGAAAGCUCGAUCCUGUUAUUGGAAGGGACUCAGAGAUUCACCGCACCAUUCAAGUGUUAUCGCGACGGACCAAGAACAAUCCUGUUUUGAUCGGUGCAGCUGGUACUGGCAAGACAGCUGUGUUGGAGGGGCUGGCUCAGCGCAUCGUGCAAGGCGAUGUCCCUGAAAGUAUAAAGAACAAGCGCGUGGUCAGUUUGGACCUGGGCUCCUUGAUUGCUGGUGCCAAAUUUCGCGGUGACUUUGAGGAGCGCUUGAAGUCUGUCCUGAAGGAAGUCGAAGACGCUGAAGGCAAAGUGAUUCUCUUCAUCGAUGAACUCCAUACUUUGCUUGGGCUUGGCAAGGCCGAAGGUAGUAUUGACGCGAGCAACUUAUUGAAACCCGCCUUGUCGCGCGGCCAAUUACAAUGCUGCGGCGCGACAACACUCAAUGAGUACCGUCUGAUCGAAAAAGACGUCGCACUUGCUCGCCGAUUCCAGCCUAUCCUCGUCGAGGAGCCGUCCGUUGCCUCCACUAUCUCUAUCCUUCGUGGUAUUAAAAACAAAUAUGAGGUUCACCACGGUGUCCGAAUCACUGACGGAGCCUUGGUCGCCGCUGCAACAUACAGCAACCGAUAUAUUCAAUCACGUCAGCUCCCCGACAAGGCAAUUGACCUGGUUGAUGAAGCCGCAUCAGCUCUCCGUCUGCAACAGGAAUCCAAGCCUGACGCUAUUCGUGAACUCGAACGGGAUAUUACUACGAUUCAAAUUGAGCUCGAAUCACUUCGGAAAGAAACCGACGUCAGCAGUCGCGAGCGCAGAGACAAGCUUCAGGAAGAUUUGAAAUUGAAGCAGGAGCAAGUAGGCAAGUUGAACGAAGUCUGGGAGAAGGAGAAGGCGGAGAUCGACACCCUCAAACAAACGAAGGAGGACCUCGAACGUGCUAGAUUUGAACUUGAACAAGCACAGCGGGAAGGAAACUUUGCCAAGGCUGGAGAGCUGCGAUACUCAACCAUCCCCGGCUUGGAGGCUAAAUUGCCCAAGGAAGGGUCAGAGCUGGAAGCUGAAAAGCAAAGCUUGAUCCACGACUCCGUGACUGCUGAUGACAUUGCCAAUGUCGUAUCGCGCACAACGGGCAUUCCCGUGAACAGGUUGAUGGCUGGAGAAGUCGAAAAACUUAUUCACAUGGAAGAUACCCUACGCCAAUCAGUUCGUGGGCAGGAUGAAGCACUCGCCGCAGUUGCUAAUGCAGUUCGUAUGCAAAGAGCAGGGCUGAGCGGCGAGAACCGGCCGCUUGCUUCGUUUAUGUUCCUCGGGCCUACGGGUGUUGGCAAGACAGAGCUGUGCAAGAAAAUGGCCGAGUUCCUCUUUUCGACCGAAACUGCCGUUGUCCGAUUCGACAUGAGCGAGUUCCAGGAGAAGCACACUGUUAGCCGCCUCAUUGGGUCACCCGCUGGCUAUGUCGGUUACGAUGACGCUGGUCAACUCACCGAGGCAGUCAGACGUAAACCAUAUGCUGUUCUUCUCUUCGACGAGUUUGAGAAGGCUCAUCGUGAUAUCUCGGCCCUCUUGCUGCAGGUGCUGGACGAAGGCUAUCUCACUGACGCUCAGGGUCACAAAGUCGACUUCCGGAAUACACUGAUUGUUCUGACUUCGAAUCUUGGUGCUGAUAUUCUGGUCGGGGCCGACCCGUUGCACUCAUACAAGGAAACCGACAGCCCCGAGGUCCCCUCAGAGAUCAAGUCUGCUGUGAUGGACGUUGUCCAGGCAGCUUACCCUCCAGAAUUCUUGAACCGCAUUGAUGAAUUCAUUAUCUUCAAGCGGCUUUCCAAAGACGCCCUCAGAGAUAUUGUUGACAUUAGGCUCAAAGAGCUUCAAGCACGCCUGGACAGUCGACGGCUAACAUUGCGUGUCGACGAAGAGGUCAAAGACUGGCUGUGUGAGAGAGGCUAUGAUCCCAAAUUUGGAGCUCGGCCCCUCAAUCGGCUGAUUGCCAAGGAAAUUGGCAACCGGCUUGCCGACAAGAUCAUCCGGGGAGAGGUUACGUCUGCGCAGGUUGCUCAUGUGUCUUUGAACGAAGACAAAUCCGGAUUGGUAGUCACUGCGGAAGGGAAGCCGGAAGAAAAAUGA